AGAUUUCAAAGGUGUUUACAAAUUCAAAUUGUUUAUUACAAGUUUAUUACAAUGAGAGUGUAUAUAAUAUUAUUUAGCGUCUUUUGCUUGAGCCAUUGCGCUCCACAGGAAUACAAAAAUAAAUUUCCAGAACAAUACCAAGGUCAACACAUACCAAUUGUUAGGCAAGAACAAGAAGUGAAUUAUGAUGGCACCUACGAAUACAACUUUGAAACUGGAAAUGGCAUAGUCCAAGAAGAAAAAGGAUUUUUGAAAAACGCCGGUACAAAGGAAGAAGCUCAAGUCGCUCAAGGUUUUUCCUCAUAUACUUCCCCCGAAGGAGUAAAAAUAGAAUUCCGGUACAUCGCAGACGAAAACGGUUUCCAGCCAAUCGGAGACCACCUACCGACUCCGCCACCAAUCCCUGAGGCUAUUUUACGAGCGCUAAGUGUACUGAAACAGUUGGGUAAUUUGAAUGAAGACCAAGAAGAAAAUAACAACAUUAGAUGAAGAGAGAGUGUGAUCAAAUCGUUAUUUUGGAUAAGUCCCUUCAUAUUUCAAAAUGGUACCAUACUAACUAUGAAAUACUUCAAAGAAUUAAGAUCUUUUUAAAAUACGUCAACACUUUAGAGUAGGAAACAGCGGUGGAACCUCGCAAAAUGUACACAAGUUCGGUUUUAUUUUUUUGCAGGAAAAUCAAGGGGUGCUUAUAAUGAAACUAACAUUUUCUUAAAAAAUUUCGCCCCUGAACUCCCCUUUUUAUCCCUUUAAAGGGGGUAUUUGUGGUUUUUGCGAAACGAAGCCCUUCCUGUAUACGUUUUACAAAAAAAUGUACUUAAUAGUAAAAUGAAGAGGACUAUAUUUGCUACUAUUUGUUUUCUGCCAGCAUAUGUCUAUCACACAUCGUUUAGCAGGGGUGGCGUCCAAAGUUGACAAAUUUUUAAAAAAGAUGUUUUUAAAAACAAUUAUUUUUCCCUAACUGUACUGAAAAUUUAAAAUAGACCCUGCCGCAAUUAUCAAUCACAAUAAUGAGUGGCUGAUUUUUUGGUAUAGGUUUCAUUUAAGGGCAAUUGCUAAUUUUUUAAUUACAGGGUGUUACAUUUUAAAAAACCCCUUUUUAUACCAUCUGAACCGCCUAUGCUAGAGUAAAAAAACUUUCAGCGAUUAUCCAUGUACUGGUGUUAUAUACAAAUUUCUAUAAUGCACCCCCAUUUUUUUUUUCAGAACAACCUAACCCAACCCAAAAAAAAGAAGAAAUAAUAAAGAAAGUGAUUUCCUUGGAAUCCUUCACACAACAUGCCCUUUAUUAAAAUGCUUCAUUUUAUGCACGUUGUUAUUACCCAUGCAUGGAUACCAAAAGGGGUUAAUUGAUGCAACCCCUGUAGCAAAAAUAAUAAAUAAAGGGGGGUUGAAAAAAGCUUUUAUUUGCUUUUUGGCCCAUAUGGACAUAUGCCCCAUCAAUAGAGUUUUUCAUAAAUAUAUAUGAUUAUUGCAACACCCAUACGCAAACUACCCCUAUCCUUGAAAAUAAACUGCAGAAACUACCCUUAUCCCUUAGAGAGCAUGGCUUUACGAUUUUCUCAUCACCUAUGCAUUUUUUUAAAUCAAAACUUAUGCAGAAUUAAAGACCACUAUUUUCUCUACAAAUAAGGUCCUAUGCAUUUUUUCGUAUAAGCUACCGUUACGGCACAGUGGCGCCGUAAACCUCAAAUAUGCUUUGGCGGGCUCCAGUUUUUUUUUCGUCACCUACCUAUUAAUUUUAUUGGUAACGUAAUUAUGGAAAAUAAAAGAACACAACGUCUGCUACACAUUAUGACCUAUGCAUAUUUUAUUUUCUUUGUACCCUGAAGCCACAGUGGUGGCCCAAAAUUAAUUUUUGAUUAUUUUCUUUAUUAGUUCUCCUUUUUUUUGGUGGUUCCGGGGAAAAUAUGGGCGUGUAUUAUACAAAUUUGUAAAUAACACCAGUAAAUGGAUAAUCGCUGAAAGUUUUUUUACUCUAGCAUAGGCGGUUCAGAUGGUAUAAAAAGGGGUUUUUAAAAUGUAACACUCUGUAAUUAAAAAAUUUGCAAUUGGCCGUAAAUGAAACCUAUACCAAAAAAUCAGCCACUCAUUUGAGAUUUAUUGGCGCAGGGUUUCUUCUUAAUUUUUAUUAUAGUUAGCGAAAAAUAUUUUUUUAAACACCUUUUUUAAAAAUUUGUUAAUUUUGGGGCGCCACCCCCGCUAAACGGUGGGUGAUUGACAUAUGCUAUCGGGAAAUAAAUAGUAGGAAAUAUAGUCCUCUUCAUUUUACUAUUAAGUACAUUUUUUGCAAAACGUACAGGAAGUACUACGUUUCGCAAAAACCACAAAUUACCCCCUUUAAAUGGAUGAAAAGGGGGGUUCCGGAACGAAAUUUUUUAAGAAAAAUUUAACCGUAGAAAAAGUUAAAAUAAAACCGUACUUACGUCCAUUUUGCGAGGUUCAACCUCUGUUUCCUAGACUACUGGUUUUUUUAAUAAUUGAGUAUGUGAUUCGCUCAUGGCUAUAUGCUAUAGCUAUAAGGUUUUUUUGAAAUGUGAAGGUAUUUUGUUGAGGUAGCGAAGUAUUGUGAUAAUAAUUUAUUAAAGACAUGCUAGUUUUAAGUUAGGUUAGGAAUAUAAAUAUGAUUUGUGUUGAUCCAUUAUCAAUAAUAUUAUGAGAAAUAUGAGGAAUAAAGAACAAUACAAAA